UAUUAAUUUGUCAUACUUCAAUGGAUAUAGAUGAUAUCGUAGACCACUUACAUUCUUGCAGCCUUCCUCAACCUUUGGGUAGCUUGUGGAUGAUACCGUUUUUGGUAUUCUAAUCACAUUUGGAUACUAAUUUCUUCAACACUUACAAAAAUCCUCUAUAAAAACUUAUUUCAACACACCAAUGUUACUACACAAAUAUUUUCUUCAAGAACAUCACUCUAGAGAGCUUUGUUGGCUCCAUAUACAUGGCUAAAAACACUCAAGACUUGUAUUAUCUCCCUCUACAAGAAACAAUUGUUCAUAACAACAAGACGGCCCGAGCCAUAGAGCUUGUGAAUCUUUCUCUUCUUGUCUCUGUGCUUGUUUAUCGAGUCGUUUAUUUCAAUGACCAAGAACAAUACCUCCCAUGGUUGCUAGCGUUUCUGUGUGAGUCAUGGUUUACUUUCAACUGGAUUGUUGCCGUGUGUAUUAAAUGGAAUCAAUGCACCACGAAAACAUACCCUGACCGACUCUUGAAGAGGGUAAGCGAAUCAAAGUUUCCAGCUGUGGAUAUUUUUGUCACCACUGCUGAUCCCGUCCUUGAGCCGUCUAUCAUAACAAUGAACACCGUGUUAUCUUUGUUAGCGGUAGAUUAUCCAGCCAACAAGUUAGCUCUUUAUCUGUCCGAUGAUGGUUGCUCGCCUCUUACAUUUUAUUCGCUUGUUGAGACAACUAAAUUUGCAAAACUUUGGGUCCCUUUUUGCAAAAAGUAUAACGUUCAAGUUAGAGCUCCGUUUCGAUACUUUAAUACUAAGGCCACGCCUUUGAAAAAUGAUUUGUUGGAGUUCCAACAAGAAUGGAAAAAGAUAAAGAAAGAGUAUGGAGAUCUUUACAAGAAGAUUGACCAUGCAGCUCAGAGACCGUUCCCAUGUGAUGAUGAUUCGGAUUUUGGUGUUUUCUGUGGUGUCCACCGCUCGGACCACCCAACCAUCAUUAAGGUUGUAUCGGAGAACAAAGAAGGUAGUCCAACCGAUCUACCCCAUGUAAUAUACAUCUCAAGAGAGAAGAGCCCCAAACACCAGCAUCAUUACAAAGCUGGAGCUAUGAAUGUUUUGGCUAGGGUCUCUGGAGUAAUGACAAAUGCACCUCUGAUGCUGAAUGUAGAUUGUGAUAUGUAUGCGAAUAAUCCACAAGUUUUUCUUCAUGCAAUGUGUAUGGUGUUUGGCUUCAAGGAUGAAGAUAAUUGUGCGUUUUUUCAGUUUCCUCAAGCUUUUUAUGAUGGAUUGAAGGAUGAUCCGUUUGGGAAUCAACUCGCUGAUUCUUUCUAUCUUAUAAAUGGAAUAUCAUCAAUUCAAGGGACCGUCUACGCAGGAUCAAAUUGUUUUCACAGACGAAAGGUUAUUUACGGUUCAUCUCCAAACGAUUCAACAAAAUCUGAUAACAUCAGUAAUGAAGAUCUACAUAAAAUCUUUGGAAAAUCAACUGAAUUAAAAGAGACAGCUGCUCAGAUAUUAUCAGAAACAAAUGCGAAUAUAGAAAACCGAAGCUGCCCCUCUAAUUUCAUUGAGGCUGCAACCCAUGUUGCAAGUUGUAGCUAUGAGUAUGGCACCUAUUGGGGUACACAGAUUGGUGGGCUUUAUGGAUCCGCAACGGAAGAUGUUCUAACGGGACUCAAUAUCCAUGGUAGAGGAUGGAGAUCCGCUAUUACCUCAACUGACCCACUUGCGUUUCUUGGUUGUUCGGCUACAACAUAUCCAUCUUCAUUAACACAACAAAAAAGAUGGUUCACGGGCCUUUUUGAAAUCUUAUUCACCGAUAAAAACCCGUUACUUCUUACUAUAAAAGGAAACAUUUGGUUUCGACAAGCCCUUGCUUAUUUUUAUUGUUGUUUGUGGGCAGUUCGUUCAGUUCCUGAGCUGUGUUAUGCAUCUCUUCCCGCAUAUUGUAUCAUCAAGGACUCACAUUUCUUGCCCAAAGUCAACGAACGGGCUAUUCUCAUCUUCAUGGGCAUUUUUGUCAUUUACAAUCUUUAUGCUUAUUGGGAGUGUAAACGUAUAGGUAUAUCGCUUCGUAUGUGGUGGAAUUUACAAAGAAUGGAGAGAGUGAAUACUAUGACUGGGAGGUUAUUUGCAUUUGUAAGUGUGAUGUUAAAGCUCAUCGGUUUAUCAAACACGGUUUUUGAAGUAACACAAAAGGAACACGUGUCGAAUGAUGAUGAUAAUGAUAAUGUAAGUGUUGGUAGGUUUACUUAUGACAACUCACCCAUGAUCAUGCCAGGUGUCGUCAUUUUGCUGAUCAACAUAAUGGCAUUGGUCAACGGUAUGUUAAGAUUGUAUAAGGUUGACUAUAGUGAAAACUGGAUGGGGGUAUCAAAAUUGGGGUUAGGAGAGAUGUUUUGUAGCGUUUGGGUGUUACUAUGCUUUUGGGAAUACUUGAAAGGGUUGUUUCGGAAUGGGAAAUAUGGGAUUCCCUCGUCCACGAUUUGGAAAUCGGGAGCUUUAGCUUUGUUGUUUGUGCAGAUAUGUAGAAGAUAAUCUCAAUGGUUUUAGAUUAUUUUAUAUGUGAUUUAUGUCUAGUGUAUAAUUUGAGUACAACAAUAUUGUUCAAGAACCGAUUUUAGACCAAAUUGUAACCUUGUUACUAUAGUAGAAAGAUUUUAGAAAUGUAUUUGAAAGCUUGGAUGA